AAUGAGCAUUAUUUUACUAAGCGUUAUGGUAGUUUGUUUAUCAAAUGGCAUAAAAUCGGACGAGUAUGUAAAAGAUUUCUACAAGAGAUGUGUCGAAACUAAAAGGCCCUACUAUUGUGCCACCUACAGACUUUUACAAUUUGUCGAAAAUUUCGAAUUUCAAAUCCCGAAAGAUAGUGCAAUAAGAGUGAUAAAAGCCAACGCGAUACCAGACAAACAGUUAUUGUUACCAAUGCCGAGGUACUUCGAAAGUGACGCCGGGUGGGAGAAAUUGUUAAAGUUUUUGAAAAGGAAGGUGUUUAAUUUUAUAAACACCCAUGCGGUUGCUGUUCAGGUACCCGAAGGAAUCGACGUCGUCGAAGGAAGAAUUUUGAACAACGUUGUCGACGAGAAAUCUACAGAUAUCGGCGAGGCGAGGGGAAAGAAAUGGAAAAAAGUGUUCAUAAUAUCCAUAUUAAUAAUGGCGAAGUUGUUGAAGAUCAAAAUGGUACUGGGCAUGGUUUUCUUCGUUCUUUUGGUGAUAAAGAAGAUUAUCUUGCUCGCCGCGAUAGCGUUCCCGUCUGUCUUGAGUCACAUCAGGCAGACUUGCGAGAAACACCACGAGCCACACCACAUUGUCGAAGAAGUUGCACCGAGUCACGGGAGCUCCUGGUUUGGAUUGCGACAAGAUAACUACGGGUGGAAUUAAAUAUUGCUAUAGAAUACAGAGAAA